GAUGGCCUGGAGCACGUCAGGGACAUCAAGCUGGAGAAGUGCAUGUACAUCCAGGACCAGUGUCUGCAGCGGCUCAGCGAGACCAGCAGCCUGCAGAGGAGCCUGCAGCAGCUGCACAUCAUCUCCUGCGGCAACGUCACCGACACGAACCUGAAAUAUUUGUAUCUGAGUGACCUUCCUGGGAUCAGAGAGAAAGAAAAAACCUUCCGUGUCCUUCAGCAGGCACUGCCCAAGCUGGAGCUGGAGCUGGAUUUGGAAUAAACACAGCAGCACCUAACUGAGAUGUGAUUCCCUAGGAUUUGUGUCAUUUUGCAUCAGUGAAGUUGUAGACACCACUGUGCUUCCAGGAAGCCCAGCUCUCCCAGUCCAGCCUCACAGGUGGAUGUGACCUUUUAAGAAAUCAUGCAAUUAAUUUGUAUUGAGCUUAAACUCAGUGGUGGAUCAAGAGCAGACAGGGCAGGCUCUGCUCGUAGGCAUCUGAGUGCUGUUUGUGUGGGAAGCUCUGGAUAGCUCAGUGAGCAGCUCUCAGAGCAGAGUGGGUGGGGGAAUGUUGGGGUGUGUGUGGUCAGUGCCUGGUGCUGGUGCUGUUCCUCGGGCAGAUCUCACCCAGGGGGUGGGUGCUGGUUAAUAAAGAGGUUCUGGGUCUUUUUUGUGUUCUU